GAUGUUUAAAAAACAUUUCAAGACCUAUUAUUAGAGGAUUGAUAGUAUUUACCAAACUAAUCGGUUUAGUACAAAGAUACGGUUACCCUGCCGAGGAGCAUUACGUCACAACGGAAGAUGGUUAUAACUUGGUGAUACAUAGAAUAUCAGGAAGUCCUUUAUCUAACAGUCAACAAAGAAGAAAAGUUGUGUUCCUUCAACAUGGUAUUGUGUGUACAUCUGAUUGCUGGGUGUCGAUCGGCGCUGGCAAAGACCUUGGUGAGUGACCGUAAAACUGGCGUCAAUAUACAUAAUGCGUUAGCAAUGUCACCAUUAAAUAUGUUAAUCAGAUUCAGAAUUAUUUCCUCUAAGUAGCGAUAUAAACUUCGUGAAACAUUUUAUAUAUUUCACCUUCUGCGCAUCCUAAAAUUCGUAUGGAUCUUCUCGAUUGCAGCACACCGAACGAUUCUAUUUUUGGAUGUGCGAAAAGUGAAAUACAAAUUGACGUAGAAAUUAAGAGAAUUAUCAUAUUAACAUUAUAAGCCGUAAAAUUUUCGAUAUUUGAGUUCACAGUUCUGGACACGGUAUAGGAUAGCUAUGUAUAUAUUUACACGCGCACGUACAUGUCCAUCAAGUUGGGAUUAAAGUUGAAGAUUACGAUCAAUAUGUUCACCUUGACCUCAUUUCUUUAUACCUAUAAUGGCAAGAGUAAGACCGCUUAGACAGUGAAAGUUUUAACGACUAUUUACAACAAAAAACAGAUCAAGAACAACCAGUUGAAACAGAAAAUAAAAGUAUUUAAAGUUCAAGUAAAAAAUUUUGCAAGUUCAAUUAAUCAAUCUCAUUAGAUCAAUUUCAU